AUGUACGACGAACUUCCGGAACAAGAGGCGAUGAAUGGAUGGCCCUCUCUGAUCGAUCCAAGCAAGCUAUUGAGCGUGGAGAUGUUGCUUUUGGGCCCACCACUACAUGAGAGCACAGUUCUCAAGACGAUCAACGAGAAUGCAGGGAUGAUAGUCACUCAUGAGAAGCUUGCGCAGUGGCUGCACAAGUUUCAAUCGCCUGGGUACUCCUUUCGUGAUGACGUUACGGUGAAGCUAUUGGUGCAAUCUGGGCGAGAAGGAGAGCUGGCGAGACUGUUUCUUCGGCUUCGAGCCGCUGGUGGCAUGAAGAGCCGUGCGGAAGCGAUGCAACAAGCUCUACUUGACGAAUACCCAAAGGCGUUUUCGCAGGUGUCCGAGUCGUGGCUAGGAUCGGAGCUGAAUCCCGAAGAAGCUUUCCACAUGAUGCCCACAUCAAUGAAGCGAAUCGAUCUGGGUGCCGUCGGGGAGAAGCCAGAUGAGCUCGACGUCCUUCGUAUGAUCUUGUAUUGGCUUGGGUAUGUGGACAAGUACCGAUCUCUGGGUCUCGACUUCAGUGAUUACAAAGUAGCCAAAGUGUUGAUGAGCACUAGAAACACCGACGAGGUGCUGGGGAUCUUCCUCAAGCUUCGAAGCGUCCAUGGCAUGGAGGACCGCGCAGACCGGAUACUAAGUGGUGCGAUAUUGCGACUGGCCUUUGGUGAUGCACUGGUGAAAGAGCUGAGUCCUGCGAUAGUUUUCACCAAAAUGUCCAUCUCAGUGACAAUAUCGUCUGUGUAA